GCGGCAGGCGAGCGCAGAAAGAGCAAGCAGAAGUAGGGAAAGUAGCGAGCGAAUCGUACGUGCACGGGUCCGUCGGUCCGUCUGCGGAAGAAGCAAAGGCAGUAAUAAUAAUAAAGAAAAAACGCACGCAGUCGGUCGCGCGUGUACUGUCUAUCCGUACGGGCGCUACACACAGUUCGUUAUCACCAGCGAAGGAGAGCGAGCGCUUUGUUCUGCAUCGCAUCAGUUGGUGCGGUACAAGUGCGGGCUUGCAGCUCCGUUUGUGGGCCGUUGAUAGAAUUUCACAAGUGCGGCUGCGACAGAUUCGACUCAUUCCGCCGAUCAUCGCCGUGCGCCGUGCGAGGAACGACGAGCCGCUCGGAGCGUUUAGUGUAAUUGCAUUUGUUAGGCCACCGUUUUUCGCCCAAAUUUUCCUUCCUCUCCCCCUUGCUGAAGUGAAGAAAGUUUGCAAGCCCGCAGGGGGUGGUAAUUCUGCAGCGCAAACGUUUGUGCUGCAGCAAAACACGGCCUCGGAAAAGUCAUCUCGUCACCGUGUGUGUGUGUGUGUGCGCGCUAAAAAUACGUUCCCUUUCUUCCACCUCACCAAAAAGAAAAAAAAAUUGUGUGUGUGAGUUUUUUUGGCUUUCAUUGCGCGUACAUUUUCCACUCCGUGAAAGCCGCCUAUGACGGACGGACGCUUUUCCUUCCAAUCGUUGCACCCGCCGCACGAAACAAACCUAACACCACCAACACCAUUAAAAGCGUUUGCAAAUCGCAAAUCGGCCAAAGGAGGAGAAAGAAGGAAAGAAAAACGAGGCCAAAGAAAGUCACACACACAUCGUUGGCUGAGUGAGCGGAAAAGCUGGGCCAGAUUCCGGCGACUCCUCCCGCCGACGAGACGAGAUUGGCGAACGAAAUCAAACACUUUUGAAGGUGCCAUUGUGUGUGUGUCUCAGUGUGUGUUUGUGUGCACAAUUUCCACACAUUCGGGAACGCGUCCAGCGGCGGUGUCAGCAACGCAUAGGAGGCGGUGAUGGUGGGAAAACUGUUUGAUAUCGCGCGUCAGAAGCAAAGGGGUUGUUUAGGCAUCAAACGACGCGUCCUUUGAAGCACCGAGGCGGCGUGGAAAUUACUCUUGUGUGUGUUUUUCAUAUUUUAUUUCCUUCGUUUUGUUGUCUACAGUCUUCAUUCUCGUCUAAACUCACGUGUGUUAUCAGUGUUUCCGGGAGCUUGAACCCGAGUGUAUGUGAAUAAGCUGGAACAAGAAAAAAACAAAACCAAAAUCAACGCCCUGUGCUACGUAAUCUUGUAGUUUUGAACGCAAUACAAACCCCGCCGUAUAGUAGUGUGUCUGUGUGUGUUCGUUUGUGGCCAGAUCUUGGUGUUCACAGCCUCCCAACAGCCACACAAAGGCCGAUAGAGCGUGUCGUCAAGCAACCCGUGUCAAGGCGGUCUCCGUGACCACUCUCCUCGUUGAUGGACAAGCGACCGUCAGCGAGCCGAACAAAGUAGUCGCUGGUGUGUUCACUUCAAGCUCUCCAGAAGCCAUGUCCAUUUUCAUCCGGCAAACUGCACCAAGCUGCUAGAAAAAGAUUAUUUAUCCGUGAUCAAAAAUAGUUGAAUCUACCCGCCACCCAUCCCAUCCGGCAGGCGGCAAACCGAGCAGACGAUGCAAAUGCGCGGGGCAAACGACGCUCUUGCCACGGUGCAGCAUCCCUUCCCGCAGCAGCAGCAGCAGCUGAACCCGUGCGGCACGAGACAACUGCAGCGCACGGAGCCCGGAACCGGUGCGAUGGUAUAAUAGAGUCGCUUACCUUCCAAAAAAAGCGAGAAGCAACCACUCCGAAAAGGGGAGUGAAUCACAUUUAAUAAGACACAGACAAGACACCAGCCAAGCUCACACACCAGAAAGAAGGAACAGGCAGGAAGGAGGGACACAGACAGACCCCCAAGAUGGAUUGGAUUAUCAACGAUGAGCUCGGGCUGACGGUGGGCCAUCUGGUGGGCUGGACGUCGGCCUCGUUCAUGGUCGUCGGCGGCGUCCUGCCGUACAUCCCCCAGUACCGGCAGAUCAAGCAGACGCAGGACCCGGAAGGCUUCUCGCUGCACGUCUGCCUUGCCCUGCUGGUGGCCAACACGCUGCGAAUACUGUUCUGGUUUUCCAGCCGCUACGAGCUGCCGCUGCUGGUGCAGAGCGUGGUGAUGAACCUAACCAUGUUCCUGAUGAUACACCUGUGCGUGAAGGUGCGCCGGAACAAUGCGAUCAUGCGUAUGCGGGAGCGCGUCUUUUCAGAAGCGACAGGAGCGGACGGGAUCGUGACCGAGGCACAGCACGGCAAGAACGGGGACGGUUACGUGCUUAACAUUCGCCGACCGUCAAGCACCAAUCUCACGGCGACGGGCAGCGCCAGCGCAACCGCCACGACAACGGUCACGGCCAAUGCCAACAACACCACCAGCAUCGGUAUAGGAUCGGCCCUGGUAACGCAACCACCGCCGGACGCUGGUGGCGGACAUCAUCCGGGCACGCUGAAGAAAUCGCGAUCGCGCCACUACAUUCUGGAUUUCGAUUCGCGCUACUUCUGGCAGUGGACGGACUUCCAGUCGUACGUCGACUUUAUGCUCCUCGUGUGGGCCAUCGGCGCUGCCAUUACCUAUCUGAUGCUUUCCGUUACCUGGUUCAUGGAAACGAUUGGCUUCCUGGCCGUCUUCACCGAGGCAAUGUUGGGCCUUCCACAGUUUGUAAGGAACUAUAAAAAUAAGUCCACCCACGGGAUGAGCAUCUGCAUGGUGAUCAUGUGGACCGCUGGUGAUAUGUUUAAGACUGGUUACUUUGUUUUAAGACACGCGCCGACCCAGUUCUGGAUCUGCGGCACGCUGCAGGUCAGCCUGGAUCUCGCCAUCCUGCUGCAGGUCUACCUUUAUCGUAAGAAUCCCGCGCCACGCAAUGCGCACCGUGGCGAUUAGCAGUUUGCCCCCCAAAGUAUAACUAUUCAAGGCAACGUGAACAACAACAACAGCAGCAAGAACAGAAUCCAUUCGCACCGUAAUCAUUCGUCAAUUCGUAGCGCCUGCGGUAGGGCGACGAUCGAUCCGUCGGCCCAGUCGCCGCCGGCCCCCGGGAACGGCUGCAGUGCGCUGCUCGCCGCCUCGCCCGAUGCGCACGACACGGCGCCGAUGCUUCCCGGCCGGCGGGACGUGGGCGUCGGCUGCAACCGGCUGCUCGGGCUGGCACCGCUCGCAACGGCCUGCUCCUCGUCGGCCGCGUCUUCCUUCUACAGCAGCAUGCUGGGGGCGGAGUGUUCCGUCUCGCUGCGUUCGCGCGACCGCAGCUCGCUAACGCCCGGCCGGAGCAGCCAGGCGACCACCACCCGCCUGGCGACCCGCUUUCAGCACUCCAAAUCGCACUCGAUUGCGUCGUCGCCGCGCGAAACCACGCCCGUGCGCAACUCGCUCGUCAUAGGUGUGCGGGGCGGGUCGGAGAAAUUUAGCGACCGGCAAAAGACGGCCUCGCUACCACUGCCGAAGCGGCGGCAGCUGAGUUUAAACGUGCCCGAUACGUCCAACAACGCUACCGGCGUGGAGGAGAACGGUAAUGAGGAGCGGCCGUCAUCGCGUACCAAUCUGCCAGCGGAGGAAACGUUCCAAGCCGGUGAAAACUGUUCGUUCGAUACGGCUACGUCCGGGCUGGGCGGUGGUGGUCCGCUGCAGACGCUCGACUCAAGCUGCACGCUGAACAGCAACAGCUACAAAGAGCAGUACAUACUCGGCUGUGGCCACUAUCGUAGCAAUCUGAAGCACUACGAUGCGCUGCUGGCCGGUGGUGGUUGUGUGGUCGAGAGGCCUCGCAAGGACGACACCGGCGACGAUGCGCUGGCCAUGGUGGAGCUCGGUGGCGAUCGCAAGGGACAGCCAAACGCGGAGCGCGAUGCCGGCCGGAACGAAACCACCGAAGCCGACGAGGAGAAGAUCGCAACCGUGCAGCCGAAAACACACCACUACCCGACUAACGCGAAAUCGCUCGAGGACAUCUUAUGACGGCACGCAUCACUGGCCUUCUGGCCAGUGAUGAGUGUAGAACAGAUUCGACGGCUCGAGCAGCAUCACAGCCGGUGGCAGCCAUCGCCAGGAGCAGCGGCGGUAUCGACCAUACCCGCCACCGAGCGUGAAUCUCGCCCGAUGCGUUCGGUUGAAACGCAAACCGAUCGGCUCGAAGGGGUUAGUCCGUGCUGCUGCAGCGGAGACGAUGCGGCCAGCGUGUCCGCCCUGGUGCCUGAGCUGGGACACGACGACGAGGAGGAAGACAAACCGUUCAUGCUCGGGAGGAAGGGCCGUGCUGCUGCUGCUGCUGGCGAGGUGGAAAGCUGCUCGCAGCACGGUGAGGAAGAAGUCUUUCAGAUCGAUGGUCGAGGUGUGACGAUGAAUGGCGAUGCGCGAUCGCAGGAAUCCGUACCGAUGCGUUGUGAGCCCGAGCUGAACGCAACGGCAGUGGAGCUAAACAGCGAUCACGAGGAGGACGAUGAAGAGCAGGACGACGAGGAAGCGGUGGAACGGUCGCGCCGCGUCCGGCUGGUGGCAGCCAACAACAUGUUCAACUUCAACAAGCUGGAAAUACUGAACGAACGGUCCUGUUCGGCGAGCGGCAGCAGCGAAGGAGGCAGUCAGCGCGCCAACAUCACCGUCCCGGUGCUGCUCCGCUCGUCCUCGGGCGGGUGCGCCAGCAUCAGCGACAGCAAUCGCAACCUUUGCGAGCACGAGGCGACUGUCGCGGUGGAUGACGCGUUCGCUGCCGCGGCCAGUGCGAACGAGCAGCUGAAGCAGCGCGAUGGUGAGGCGGGAACGACGGUACCACCACCGGCGGGUAUGAAAGGGCUGGCCACGCGCCUCGACUCCCUGGACGCCUAUUUCAUCCAGGAAAGUCCGGAAGUGAUUUUAUAGCAGUGGUCGGCACUGAUCCUUCCUCGUUUAACUUCGAUGGCCUUAUGAGGAGCGAGACCAAAGAAAUCAGAGCGACAGAGAGAGAGAAAAAAGCAAAACGGUAAUAAUGGAUGCUUUCUUGCGAAAAAGUACGAAAAAAACACACACACAGGAACGAGGACGAUAUGUAUGUGUGGGUGUGUGUGUGUGUGUGUGUGUGUGUGUGAAACAACCAAAACAUCGUAACAAACACAUUGCACUUGAAUAGAAUAAUAUUUUUGGGGGGUUUUUAAGAAGAAAAAAAACACAGCAGAACACUAAAACCCGCUAAAGCCAGCCAGGCCUGCACCAGGCUGAGUUCAUUCCAUCCUUUCACGAGGGAUGCAGCUGAAACUCGGCUGUGGUGGUGUGCGGCAGGCCUUUAUUUAUCGAAAAUUGUAUAGUAAUAGUGGGGUAGGGCAACGCUGACGACUACGAGAUCGAGUGUAACAUACGCGGUAGCAAAGACAGAGACUUUAUUUUUGUAGCGAUAGCUGUUUGGUUUUGCGUCGGCAAAAUUGUAAGUCAUUAGGUUUAACGUUUGCGUCGGGCGUGUCUCUUGGGCACAGGGGGGGGAUAAAGCGCGAGCGAGCGUGGUGUAAAAUGAUGAGUUUUACCCUGUUUCCUUACCAACACCAACACCAUUAACUCCAACAAUCAGCAAAGAAUCCUCAUUGCUUCCCCGCAUAUGACAAAACAAAACGUGUUCUUUCCAUGGUGGCAUCACAAAGGAGAGAUAGAGAGAGAGAGAGAGAGGGUGGUUCAGGUGACAGUGGAGUACUGUUUCCGGUGUUUACCGUAAAGGGCGGUAUAAGGAUGUAAAACAUCGAUCUACAAAUUACUAUAGGAAGUAACUUCAAAAGCACCACCAACUCGGACGCAAUCGCAGCGCAAACAUUCGCUGCAAUCAGGUGGCGUGAGCUAGCAAAUGAGAAGCAUUUCUCGCUUUAGUUAUUUAAAAUUAAAAUCCGUACAUAAGUGUGUGGUUUAGAAAUGGAAUUCUUGUUGCAAUGAAUUUACAUCCUGUUUGUGUUCUUUUAUAUUUCCGUUUUGUUUUAGUUGUCCUGCAUUUUUUCGAAUUUUCUUUUCUAAAGCCAGUUAAUAUUGACGAGGUCUAGGAGUUUUCAUGUGUUUCAUUGUGUAACCCAUUUGUGUUUGUGUUUGAGUGUGUGUAUCUGUACUUUCUUUUUUGAAUGUAUUUAUUUUGUUAAGCAAAGAAAGAACCUACAAAACCACUAGCAGCCAGGUAGAGAGAGAUGACUAAAUCAAGCAAAAGACCAUGCUGCGCGAUGACGCGCCCCCACCCUCACAGUUGCACUGUUAAUCAGUUCUAUGCGGUAUACUUAACGCGCUACUUCCAUACGAUGGGCAAUAAAAGAAGACAUUUGUAGUUUAAAAGUCGAAAUAAUACAAAGCACUUUCAACAUACAUAUACUGCACACGGGUACGCGAUGGCAUCGAAAUGAAGAGAGUGUGUUGGUAGUGUUAGCAAACGGACGCGAAAUGGGACAUGUAAUCUAUAAUCUUCCCUUACUGUACGAAACGUAACAGAUACCAACGUACGGAAAUUUCCACACAAUUAUGUUUUUUAAAUUAAAUUCUUAAACUCUACCGGCGCAAAGGGUGGUACGUCACGCAAGAGAAGGAGCUGAAGCGGAAGCAGAAUAGUAUGCUAACUCCACACCAACACGCUGUAUUUAAUGGAAGCAAUGUGUAUCAUUCAAUCAACUGCAAUCGCAGUACUGGACGUAUUCGUAAUAAGCAAUCAUUUUUUUUAGGGACGAAGCACUGUCAUUUAAUUGUAAUAUCAUCAAUCAAACGCGAGAGACAGCGAGAGAGAGAGAGAGAGAGAGAGAGAGAGAGAGAGAGAGAAGAAACGGGAAAAAACAGCAAAACACAACUGUACUAUCAACAUAAUCGAUAGGAGAGAGUAGCAAAAGCAAGUAUAAACCAGCCAAGUGCCAUCAAUUUAAAUUUGCCCAAAUCAUGUCACACUACCUUACGUGUGCGCGGAAUAUAUGUUUUCAGAACACUGUGGUCCAAAUGUUGGGUGCAAGUUCCAGCGUAACUAAAGCUGAGCUUAGCAAAACGUAUAUCAGAGGGGGAAAACAUGUAGUACGAUCGGAUGGGCACGAGAAGUGCAAGCUAAUGGAAGGAAACCAAUACACUUAAAAUCACUGCAAUGUAACUGAAUUACAUUCUAUUGCCUUUUAAAACGAAACGAUACUAGAAGAGACUUGAGUGUGAUGCAAUUUAGAAACAAACACAAGAAAACCAACUAACCUAUCUACAAACUAUGAGUAAUCACUACCAAUCAAUCCUAUCGCUCUGUGUGAGGGAAGAGUAAACAUAUAUCCUAAAAAGAAAUGGGAAACACCGUGUACACAAUGCGUCGGAUGUGUUGCGUCCGGUUGAAAUGCAUUUUGGAUCUACUUUAAUUUUGUUACGGUAUGAUUUGCAAUACGUUUUCGAACGACGGUUGUUCUUCCCUGUAUCUGUAAGUGUGUAUUUUUGUAAAAUAUUUGACUUUUGAUUUCUUUCUUUUUCCAAGUUUUCCCACUUUUGUUUGGCUGUAAAAAUAAAUUUAAAGCCAAAGGAUAACAUCGCGUGAAUUGGUUUGGCGUCUAUCGGACGUUCAAUCUGUUUAUUGUUUCUCCCUCGUAACCUCAUGAAUGCACAUACCCAAGAAAGCAUAGUGAUAGUAGAAGAAGAUACUAGAGAGGAAGGAAUGAAACCGAGGAGCAUAAAGAUGAAGCCGAAAUACGGUUGGAAACAAACAUGGUAAAUAAACAGAAAAUGGAUUAAUAUAAUCGAGAAA